AUGACCCUCGUGUCCAAACAAGUCCCUGGCUUAGGCCGGAUCACCACCCAUGUGACGUACUAUGCGGACACCGUCGUACAAUUUCGGGGUAUCCCGUACGGGAGUGUAGCGGAGAGAUUUCGACAAGCAAAGAUGAUCGAGGCAUGGGAGGAAGGCGAGUUGGAUGCGAGUCAUUUCGGCUUCCGCCUCGGCGCGUUCGGAUUCAUGGCAUCGCCCGACAUACAGGAAGAUAAUGCUCGAAAUGGCGAUGCUGGAGUUGGGAACUAUGGAAUAUGGGACCAGGUACUGGCAUUGCAGUGGAUACAGAAGAACAUACGGUCAUUCGGUGGCGAUCCAGCACGCGUGACUGUCAUGGGAGAAAGUUCUGGUGCGAUAGACGUUUUGUUUCUAACGCUGCUUCGCUCUGUCAGCGUCGAUGAGCUGCUGGACGCAUACCAAUGCACGGGCUCUCCCAUGCCGAACUGGCAAGCAACUGUCGAUGGGAACUUGCUUCACGACCUUCCUGCUGCAUCGCAGCUACCACAUUACACCUACCCCUCUACGAUACGACGCAUUAUGGUUGGAGACUGUGAGAAAGAAGGCCUUAUAUGGGCGAAAAAGUUCAUAAAUCCGCCACUCGCCACCUCCCCACUCUCCUGUUUGUCUGGCCACUUCCCAGCCGAGGUUGGCCUACAGCUUGCACUGGACUACCACUUAGACGCCAAACCAGCUACCCCUGUAGAAGGAAUGGCCAGUCUUAGCGCGUUCUGCGGCGAUGCUGAAUUCUCACUACCGUUGUACGAGAUCAUCAACAGCUGGCGGAACGGGGACGCGUUUUACUUCCGUAUGCGGUUUGUGAACCCGUUUAGCGGUUCCUUUGCGGGAACAGCUCAUCACGGAGUUGACUUGUUGUUCGCAUUCCAGACAUACAAUAAACUUCUACCACAAGCGCUCGCAGCCGCGGCUGAGGAGAUGGGGAAGCAUCUGAUUCGGUUUUGCCAUGGCUUGUCUCCGUGGCCGCGCUACAAUGAGGAGACAACCGUCAUGUGCUACGGGCCAGAUACUGUCAAAGCCCUAGCCAAAAAGGAUGAUAAGGUUGGUCGAUACGAGAUUUGGGACCGAUUGAGGGGCAUCCAAGAUGCAUGGACGAGGGCUAGUCGGGAAUUAAGGAAUGAGAGGAUAUACAGCUGA